AUCAGUCGCCCUGGAAAUGUUCUGAACCCGGAAGCAAAACGAAGAGGCUCUUCCGGCCGACUCGUGCUGCCCAUGUGUUCGCUGACCGGGUGCCGGAAUCUGCGCGGGGAUGAAGUUCGCUUACAAGUUCUCCAACUUGCUGGGUACAGUCUACCGACAUGGAAACCUGAAUUUCACUCCAGAUGGGAACUCUCUGAUUAGUCCUGUGGGAAACAGAAUUACUGUCUUUGACUUGAAAAAUAACAAGUCUGAAACAUUACCGCUGGCAACCCAGUACAAUGUCGCAUGUGUGGGACUCUCUCCAGAUGGAAAUCUUGCUAUAUUAGUUGAUGAAGAGGGAGCUGCCUUACUUGUUAGCUUGAUCAGUAAAUCUGUGAUCCAUCAGUUCCAUUUUCAGAAACCUGUGCAUAGUGUCUGCUUUUCCCCAAAUGGAAAGAAAUUUGUGGUCACAAAGGAUAAGGUUGCUCUGAUGUACCACGCCCCAGGCAAAAAGCGAGAAUUUAAUGCGUUUGUCCUUGACACAACUUAUUAUGGUGCAUAUGACGAAACAACAUGCAUUGAUUGGACAGAUGAUUCUAAAUGUUUUGCAGUAGGCAGCAAAGAUAUGUCAACGUGGGUGUUUGGAGCAGAGCGAUGGGCCAAUCUGAUUUAUUAUGCAUUGGGAGGUCAUAAGGAUGCAAUUGUUGCCUGUUUCUUUGAAGGAAACAGUCUAGAUUUGUACACUGUCAGCAGAGAUGGGGCUUUGUGUGUCUGGCAGUGCGAUACAGAACUAGAUGGCUUGAAAGCGAGACCCCCAAAAGAUCAAACUGAAGACAAGGCAGAAUUGGCAGAAGGCCUAGAUGAAGAGUUGAUGGAAGCAGAGAAGGGCAAAGAGGUCCAUGGGAAAGCCAGCACACAGAAGAAAAAAGAGAAGGCUAAGAAAGUAAAAUACUCAUGUGCUGCCAAAUACUUUUUCAACAAAGAAGGUGAUUUUAACACCUUGACAGCUGCAGCUUACCACAAGAAAAUUCACUUACUAGUCACUGGCUUCGCGUCUGGAAUUUUCCACCUCCAUGAACUUCCAGAAUUCAAUCUCAUCCAUUCUUUAAGCAUUUCGGACCAAAGGAUCGCAUCUGUUUCUGUCAACAGUACUGGUGACUGGAUUGCUUUUGGGUGUGCAGGUCUGGGGCAGCUUCUGGUUUGGGAAUGGCAGAGCGAGUCCUAUGUGCUAAAGCAGCAAGGCCAUUUCAACAGCAUGGUUUCUCUUGCAUAUUCUCCAGAUGGACAGUACUUAGUCACUGGCGGAGAUGAUGGGAAAGUGAAGGUGUGGAACACAAGCAGUGGUUUCUGUUUUGUAACCUUUACAGAACAUACAAGCAGUAUAUCUGCCGUAACAUUUACCACUUCAGGAUAUGUCAUUCUGAGUGCUUCCCUAGAUGGGACAGUUCGAGCUUUUGAUCUGCACAGGUACCGCAAUUUCCGCACCUUCACUUCCCCACGACCAACACAGUUCUCUUGCUUGGCUGUGGACUCCAGUGGUGAGAUUGUUUCAGCUGGUUCUCAGGACUCCUUUGAAGUAUUUGUGUGGUCAGUGCAGAGUGGGCGGCUCUUAGAUGUAUUAGCUGGUCAUGAAGGCCCCAUCAGUAGCCUGUGUUUUAAUCCCAUGAAGUGUGUCCUAGCAAGUGCCUCUUGGGAUAAGACAGUCAGGUUGUGGGAUAUGCUGGAUAGCUGGAGGACCAAGGAAACACUGGCACUGAACUCUGAUGUGCUUGCUGUUGCUUUUCGUCCGGAUGGCAAUGAACUUGCAGUUGCUUCCUUGGAUGGACAGAUCACUUUCUGGGACCAUGAAAAUGCUGUGCAGACUGGAUCAAUUGUGGGGCGACAUGACCUUCAGAUAGGCAGAAAAGAGCUGGACAAAAUAACUGCCAAACAAUCUGCUAAGGGGAAAUCUUUUACUACUCUAUGUUACUCAGCCGAUGGGCAGUGUAUUCUAGCAGGAGGGCAGUCAAAGUUUGUUUGCAUUUAUCAUGUCAAGGAACAGAUGCUCAUUAAGAAAUUUGAAAUAUCUUGCAACUUGUCUUUGGACGCAAUGGAGGAGUACUUGGAUCGCAGGAAGAUGACUGAAUUUGGUAGCAUGGCAUUAAUAGAUGAAGGAGCUGGGGAUGAUGAUAAUGUUGCCAUCCCUCUUCCAGGAGUUAAAAGAGGUGACAUGAGUUCUCGAUCCUUUAAACCAGAAAUAAGAGUGACCUGCCUCCGUUUCUCUCCUACCGGACGAAGCUGGGCAGCAACAACCACAGAAGGUCUUCUUAUCUAUUCUUUGGACUCUAGUCUGGUCUUUGAUCCAUACGACCUAGAAAUUGACAUCACUCCUAGCAGUAUUCGUAAAGUACUGGUUCAGAAGGAGUACACCAAGGCGAUUGUCAUGUCUUUUCGACUGAAUGAGAAGAAACUGAUUCAGGAGGUCCUAGAAACGGUUCCAUACAAUGAAAUUGAAGUAAUCUCCUCAAUGCUUCCGGAAGUGUAUAUAGAAAAAAUGCUAGAAUUUUUAGCUUCUUCCUUUGAGACUUCUCGUCAUUUGGAAUUCUAUCUAAUCUGGACUCAGAGGUUGCUUAUGUUACAUGGAUGCAAGUUAAAAACAAGGUCAGAGAAACUGCUGCCCACCAUUCAGUUCCUUCAGAAGAGCAUUCAGCGUCACUUUGAAGACGUUUCCAAACUUUGUGACUGGAACUGUUAUAACAUGAAAUAUAUUGUGGCCAUUUCACAACAGAGGGGUGUGAAACGUACAGCAGAAGUGUCUGAAAAUGAAGAUUUGGAAGACUCUGUCAUGGAAGAAUUGCCAGCACUUCCAUGAACUUUUGAGAAUGCUUUUUCAUAUAUAAGUAAUUUAAACAGUGGUAUUCACUGAGAACUGAGCAGCCCUCAUAGAGGCAUAUUUGUACAGGUGAUGCAGCAACAUGAUUGGGAGUAAGCAGGCUAUUCCUUUUUGUCCUCUGUUUCUAAACUAGCAGGUAAAUUCUUGAUACUGCUAAAUUUUAAGCAAGACAAUGCCAUCAAACAUUUUAGAUGCUUGGGAGGAGGGGCAGGAUCCAUCUGCCAUCAGUUGGCUUCUGUUUCUGCACAGGAACUUUUAAGCUCCCUCCUUCCAUUGCCAGCCCUUUCUGGAUUGGGAAGUCAUUCAGAGUGGCACCCUGCAAGAAUACAUGGGUUGCCACUGGAACAAAACGGAGACUUCUGGCAUGCAUGGAAGUAUUGGAAUGUGAGGGGGUGGAUCCCAGCCAUGGCUUUUUUUCCUGGCUUUAGGGUAAACGUGUAAAAGUGCUGCAAUCAUAUUGCAAAUGGUCCAAUGACUGUUAGCA